UCACAGAGCACAGACCCGCAUAUAUGACAUACCAUAAUUCGUGGGGUUUGUGGAUGCAUGCCAGAGCGAGCUAAAAGCAGAUUCUGAGAUACCCUGGACAGCGCACAUUCUGUCUCCUCGAGCCCACCUCUCUCUCCCUCCAGGGUAACGUGCCUCACAAUCUCAACGCUAUUUGACCUUCGCGGUACAAAUUACAGGGCUUUCUACAUCCAGCAAAAAGAGAUGAACCAUUUAGAAAGUUUGGACGAGCGGUUAAACGCGCUUUUUUACUUCCUGUUUGAAGACAGAGACUCCAGGGUACGAGGAUGGCUCCUGUUGGACUCAUAUCUCCCCACCCUCUCCCUCACCAUCCUUUACCUCCUCACAGUAUACCUGGGAUCAAAAUACAUGAGGAACAGGCCAGCAUACUCACUCAAGGGGGUCUUACAAGUGUACAACUUCUCUGUGACCAUGCUCUCCCUGUACAUGCUGGUUGAGCUUGUCUUGGCAACCUUGUCGGCAGGCUACCGUCUGCAGUGUCAGGGACUUCACGAGGCAGGGGAGGCCGACCUCAGGGUAGCCAAGGUGCUGUGGUGGUACUACUUCUCCAAGGUGAUUGAGUUCCUGGACACCAUCUUCUUUGUGCUGCGGAAGAAGAACAGCCAGAUCACCUUCCUGCACGUUUAUCACCACGCCUCCAUGUUCAACAUUUGGUGGUGUGUUCUGAACUGGAUCCCCUGUGGACAGAGUUUCUUUGGGCCGACUCUUAACAGUUUCAUCCAUGUGUGUAUGUACUCCUACUAUGGCCUGUCCACUAUACCCUCCAUGCAGAAAUACCUCUGGUGGAAGCGCUACCUGACUCAGGCUCAGUUGAUCCAGUUUAUACUGACCAUCACACACACCCUGUCUGCAAUCGUCGUCCCUUGUGGUUUCCCUGUUGGAUGCCUGCUCUUCCAGUUCUCCUACAUGGCCACCCUCGUCAUCCUUUUUGUCAACUUCUACGUCCAGACCUACAGAAAAAGACGGCCAGAAGAAUCCAUCAAGUCCAGUCGCCCAAAUGGCCACUCUGUCUCCACCAAUGGCACCAGCUUCAAGAAGAGAAAGUAGUAUUUGGACCUGGUUGUCAAGACAACGACCUACUUCAACAACCACCAGAAUCUAUACAUGUCGUGACACUACUGCUAAAAUGCUCCAAAACAGGGAUAAGUUUCAGUAUGCAUGUUGCGUUUUUGUAUAGAAACCUUUGUACUUAAUUUUUGUAUUAAAUUCUUUAUUUGGUUUCCUUGGAGCUUGACAACAUAUGCGUAACAUACUGUAUGUACAGGAAUGAUGCGCUCAUUUCCUUUGCACUUUCAAUUGCUGAAAUGCAAGUGUGAAAACUCCAUCCAUUCCUUACCACGCAGUAACCUAUGCAAUUCAUAGUUUAUAUUCUCAUAGUGUAAAAACCUGAAUACAAUCAGCAAUUUCCACGAUACUUUGACAAUUUACUUUGCUAUUUCUUUAUUGAAUAUAGCCCAUGUGUACAGUGUGUACUCAUCAAAAAUAUCAGUCCAGAGCAUUCACUGAAAUCAUUGUUAAACUAAAGAUGCCUUAGAAACACUGCAGAUCCUUAUACCUGAUGUAUCACAAUGUAUUUGAAUGUCUUCGUUUACGGGUACAACAUGUGCUGGUAAACAUGACUGGGUGACUGGGUCUUUAGAAAAAGCAAUAUUGAACAGGCUUUCCUGACGACUUUGGUAGACUUUAUACAUUGAGAAAUGCAACCACUGAUCAAUAUCUUUGAAUGGCUAUCGGCAAACAGACAAAAUAAAGGUACUUCAAAAAAAUAAA